GACAAUGAACAACUUCUAUGACCUGCAACCUUCCUCUCAUGUGACAGUCAUGCCACUGCACCAAGACAAAGUUCACUUUGCCGUUUCCUCUCACUCACAACCAGUUAAGAUGACCUUCCAGGCAGUUGCUCUCAUCUGGCUCGGUCUCCUCAGCCCUGCAUCUGCUCUCUACAAGCAGUGGAUCCCAGAUACCAACUAUGGAAAUGCUACAAACUGGGAUAAGGGCUCCGUUCCAUGUGGGGCUGAUAGAGUGUUCUUUGCAGCGGAGAGAAGAGUGUCUGUGUAUGUGGAGACUGUGCACUCGGUGCUUGAGAUGAGGCUGCCAGUGGACGGGGAACUGAUCCUGGCCUCAGGAGCCGCUUUUGUGUUGUCCGACGGCAGCGACCCAGGCUGCGGAGGGGGAGUGACGGCUAGGUUCAAGGACUCUGAGAGCCUGAGAUGGUUCAACCCAGAGCUCUGGAAGGCAGCAGCCACCUGGGAUGACCUCCAGGCCGGCCGCUUCCUGUUCUCCGUGCACGAGGAGAGCGUGCCAUGCCUGCAGGACGACGUGGUCUUCCGCCCUGCCUCCUCAUUCCGGGUGGACGUCUCCUCCAGCCAGCAGGCGGUUCCUGUGAGGAGCGUCUCCAUCCAGGGGCAGAAGUUCAGCAGCGGCUCAUCCUUCUCCCAGUACCUGACCUCUCGCUCGGGCAAGCUGCAGUUCCACGGCUCCUCCUCGCCGGUUGUCACGCCUCCUAGCUGCAACGACGCAACGGGUUGUGAGUGUGGGAACGCAGCCAAUCACGAGCGGAUCUGUGCCAGCAUCACAUGCCCCGAGUUAGCCUGCCAGAGGCCCCUUCUCCCGGCGGGCCACUGCUGCGACGUGUGUGGUGCCAUCGUCUCCCUGCAUGUCUCCGGGGCUUUUAACCUGGAGUCGUACCGCCAGCGCCUGCUGCACCUCAUCCUAAACAAGCCCACCUAUCGCUCCGUCAGGCUUGGCCUCUCUAAGGUGCGGGAAGAGCAGAGGCUGUUGGGUUUCGUUCUCCGCACGUCACAGCCAAAGAUCCAAGUGCUGCUGGUGGAAGAGAAUGGGGAGCAGACCAGCCGGCUGGCGGAGGCAGCAGCCAAAGACAUCAUCUCAGAUGCCCGCUCUAACAGUGGCGAUCUGGGCAUCGAGGGGGCGGAUGUAGAGCUGUCGUCUGGCAAUGCAGGUGGUGCGGGGGCAGGUUUGGUGGUGGGGGUGGUGUUUGCCGUUCUGCUGGUGGUGGUAUUCCUGGUGGGUGCGGGGGUGUUUCUACACCGCCGUGGGACCAUUUCUCUUCCCAGUCUGCCAGCCAUGCCCUCCAUAAGCUGGAGGAAGAGCAGUGAGGUGGGUGACCUGGACAGCCCACUUGACCACGGCUUCGAUAACCCCAUGUUCGACAAGAACACACUCAUGCCCUCUGAGCCAGGGCUGUAUGGGGAGAGUGUAAACUCCAUCUCAAUGACUCAAACAGGAGUUCACUUUGUCAACCCUGCUUAUGACGAGACUGACUUUAAUGCAUAAAUCACCAGAGCCCUGCAGAAUUCUCAGUCACCCUUCUAACAAAUAUGAUCAGAAAGUACAUUUUUAAUACAAUAAUUAUUGUUUGAACCCAAAAAAAUGGUCUUUCAUGAAAGAAAAUGUAUAAUCUACUGAUUAGUAUGUAAAAUAUUCUUUAUUGUGGACAUAAAAAAAUAUUAAAACAUUUGAAAAAGAA